CCGCCCGGAACCUUGGCGCCGUGACGCAGGUUUCCGGCGGGCUUCUUAGAGCGGUGAACAGCUUUGGGCCGAAGGACCAUGAGAGGGCCGGAGUCGGGUCCCGAACCUACGAUGGAGGGGGACGUGCUGGACACCCUGGAGGCGUUGGGGUAUAAGGGACCGCUGUUAGAAGAGCAAGCCCUUACCAAGGCAGCAGAGGGUGGACUGUCUUCACCUGAAUUUUCAGAGCUCUGUGUUUGGUUAGGCUCUCAGAUAAAAUCAUUGUGCAACUUGGAAGAAAGUAUCACUUCAGCUGGGAGAGAUGAUCUAGAAAGCUUCCAGCUUGAGAUAAGUGGGUUUUUAAAAGAAAUGGCAUGUCCAUAUUCUGUACUCGUGUCGGGAGAUAUUAAAGACCGUUUAAAAAAGAAGGAUGACUGUUUGAAGCUUCUAUUAUUUUUAAGUACAGAGCUUCAAGCUUUACAGAUACUGCAGAACAAGAAACGUAAAGAUUCUCAAUUAGAUAAAAACAGUGAAAUUUAUCAGGAAGUUCAAGCUAUCUGUGAUACUCUUGGUGUACCCAAGUCAGCAACUUCUGACAUUCCGCUUAUGCUAAACCAAGUGGAAUCAAAGGUGAAAGAUAUUCUCUCAAAAGUCCAGAAAAAUCAUGUGGGAAAACCACUGCUGAAAAUUGACUUAAAUCUGGAACAGGCGGAACAACUGGAAAGAAUCAAUGAUGCUCUUUCUUGUGAAUAUGAGUGCCGCCGGCGGAUGCUAAUGAAACGGUUAGAUGUGACCGUGCAGUCCUUUGGUUGGUCUGAUAGAGCAAAGGUAAAAACAGAUGACAUAGCAAGAAUUUAUCAGCCUAAGCGUUAUGCUUUAUCACCCAAGACAACGAUCACACUGGCACAUCUACUUGCUGCUCGUGAAGAUCUGUCCAAGAUCAUUAGAACAAGUAGUGGCUCCAGCCGAGAGAAGACGGCAUGUGCCAUUAAUAAGGUGCUGAUGGGAAGGGUGCCUGACAGAGGAGGACGGCCGAAUGAAAUCGAACCACCACCCCCUGAAAUGCCCCCUUGGCAAAAGAGACAAGAAGGCGGCGGAAGGGGUGGUUGGGGUGGUGGGGGGUUCCAAGGCAGGGGAGAUUAUGGUGGAAGAGGAGGGGGCUAUGGUGGAAGAGGGGGCUAUGGUGGAAGAGGUUAUGGAGAUCCAUAUGGAGGUGGUGGUGGAUAUAGAAGAUAUUAAAAACUACCAAAAUCAGCAGUGCUUACUUGUUGGCAGAGACAUUAGGUGUAGUGUUCUAAAUAACAUACUUGAAUGUCAUCUUUGAAGUAAACGCCGUGUUAGAUUCCCUGAUACCAUUCUUGAAUUGGGUUAAUCUGUAAAAGCAUUGUUUUAUACUACCAUUUGAUCUCUUAGACAAAGUGAUGAUUUUUCCAUAUUCUGUAUACCCUUGAGCAUGUCUUUUUAAAAAACAAAAAAUGAGCAAAAAUUAUUUUUAAAAAUGUAAAUAUUUAUUACCAUCUAAACUUGGAAAAUGGAAAGUAUUUUAUUGUCAUGAUUGAAUUUUGAUUGUUACCUGUAUUUUAUUCAGGUUUGAAACACAUAAAUUACCCGACUUGUAAUGGUAAGGAAUAUAGACUAUUGCCUCAUCUGUAUUCCUGUGGCCUGUUUUGUAUUUGAUGAUUAUACUUUAUGAAAUAGGGAAAGGGACUGAUCUGAUAGUUCAGUAGGCAGUUGUCAUGAGUUGUUUGUUCUUUUAAAGGCAGCGAUUCCUCUGACCAGGAUUCUGUUAAAGUUCCAUUAAUUGAAGCUCAAGCUUGCUUCUUACUAUGUGUAUUUGAUUUAUUUUCCAGGUGGAUUUGAAAUCUGUGGUUUUGUUUAACAAAGCAAAGUUAAAGACUGAGGUCAGAAUUACUCUAAAGGGAUGAGGACAAGUAAUAAUUUUACCUGGUGAUGUAAAAAAUAUUCAUAUAAACUGGUCUCUUCAUCAUUUGUGCAAUCACCAUAGGUGUUUGAAUAUUUAAAGGGAGGCUGAGCUGUAUUGCUCAGGAUUAGGGCACUAAUUGUCAGUUUCAGUCCAUCAGAGGUAGGAUCAGGGCAUCCCUUGGAAAUUCUGAUUCACAGCUCGAUUUUGGAAACAGGGUUAGGGAAUGGUUACAUGUGGUUUGGUGGUUGGAGUAGGUAAAGGUUUGGAGAUCAAGAGUUGUGAAUUUGAAUCAUGGCACUAGCCCAGGGGUGCUAUGGGCUGAAAUGACCAUAGCUCUCAAGGAUUGAUUUGUCCUCAUUUGUCAAGUGAGGAAUGUGACACUUGCACUCUUCUCAGAUUGUUUCAUAAAGACCUAAGUACAAGUGCCAUUUAUCGAGGGCUUGUUGGGAAUGGUUUAAGAAGUGGGCCCAGUAAUGCAUUCUUCUCUUAGUAUAGACAGAUAAGAUAGUCACAUUUUGUCAUUCCCACUGUAAAAUGUGUAUCCCAGUGUGGGCUCUUGUUUGACACCGUGCAUAACAAUUUUCUGUGAACUAGCAAACUCAACAGAUAGAAAGCUGAUUACCAGUGGACACAUGGUAUUUGAUAUUUGGCAGUUUCAUUGUUGUUGUUUUGUUUUGCUUUACAAUAAACCCUGUAGUGAAAACUAAAAUAAUGUUAAAACUUGAAAAGUAAAUAUUGUGUAUACUGCAGUCUUUGCCAUGUAUUUUUCAAGCUAACUCUUCAAAGAAAUUUGUUCAGGAUAGGAAAACAUAAACUUUAGAUUAUUUGUAAAAUAGAUUUUAAAAAAUAUGUUUAUAUUUAAUGAAGAUACUUAAUUUCAUUUGUGAUAGUUAGAAAAAAAAAGGCUUUCCAAUUAAGAAAACGUUCUUUUCAGUAGCUAUAAACUCUGAAAAAUAAAUAAUUUUUAAAAAUAUGUAAUCAAAGACUGCUGGAGUAUAGUUGCUGAUAUAGAAGGUGUUUACAACUACUUUCAACUUUUAUCACUAAAGGUUUGCGGCAAACAAACCUAUGGCAGAAACAUUAAUCGAUCCAUUUCUGUAAGAUUUCCUUGUACCUUCAUAGGAGUGCUGUUGAGUUAUCCGCUGUACCCACUGUCUUACCCAAUUUUAUAUAACACUUGCUCUUGGAAUCAUAUUAGAGGUAGAACCACUCCUAUUUACACAUUCCUAUAAACUUCACUUGAAUGAAAAGCAGGGUGAUCUAGACCCUAAUAUCUUAUUCUUCCCUGGAAGGUAGGAUUUUCAUGAUACUCUUUUUUUAAGUAAAAAUUUCUUUUGUAGAAGAGUGUGCUGAGCAAUAUCUAGACUAGCAGUGGCCAGCUUGGGGCUUUGACGUCAACAGCCAUAAUGUGAAAAUGUUUUAUAAAUUGAGGGCAGUACAAGUGCAGAGUAUAAUGAAUGGUACUUUACUGCUUCCUACAGUCUAAAUCUUUUUAUGGGCCACUUCUUCAUUCCUUUUUGCCUGGUUCUCAGUUUCAUUUUUCCCUAUUACCUCAUUUAUCCUCCCCUCCCCCCCCUUUUUUUCCUCCCUGCCUUUAGUAUCUUAAUAGCACUUAUAGACAUGACUUUACUGAGAUUCUGGAUUAGUCUCUUACGUGGGCCUUAUAAAGAAUAUGUGUCCCCAUCCAUUUUACACAUAGCUCUCAGCAGAAGGAGGAUCAGUUGUUUUCUUUGAACCGAUGGCCUUGUGUUCUGCAGAUCAGGGAGACCUUGCUUCACUACAGAGUAAAAACCUUUUAAACUAAGAACACUUAAUUACCUGUAUUUAUGUCAAAAGAAGGUAUGAUAACCCAAAAACGAUUUGUGACACGGACUGUUCUUAUGAAUGAUAUUAUACCUUAAAAGGAGCACAGGAUAGGUAAAUUUGGGAUGGAAUCUGGGGAUGGAAGAAAGGAGGCAGUUUAAUCUCUCCUUCAGGGUCAGGUUGUCAAUGUGACUUAUUUUGUAUGAAGUGUUAAAAUUGCCAAAAUGAUAAAUAUACCCACAUCCAAAUGUACCAGAAUGCAUUCCAUAGUGGAAUUUGCGUGAUUGGAAUUUACCCCCACUCUUCAUUGGUCUGGUUAAACAAAAGUUGGCUGAGGAUUAAGAGAAAGUCAUAGCUAUCUCUUAAUCACUCUAAGUAGUCAUGAACACAAAUGAAUUGCUCUGGGUGGUCUGCAUUGGACUGAACUGUACCAGUUUCAUGCACAACUUCAGAAUUCUUUACUUGCUAGUUUUCUUAGAACUGUUGAAUUAAAGACAAAAGCCACAGAGAAAUGAUAACCUUAAAUUUGUCUUCUUCAUUCUUAAGUAUUUAUAGACUUAGUAUUUGGGGAUCACUGUAAGUCCUUAUGCAAUAAGGUAAGAAAAGGUUGAAUAUUUCUGUACUGUUACUUCAUUUUACAAAAAGAUUUAGAAAACUUCACACUGAAUAAUUAGUUGCUUUGCUUUUCCUUCCAGGAAAACCCAGUUUGGUUAAUAGAAUAGGGGAGUGGUAUCAGCUGUGGAUUAUAGUAAAAAUUCAAGAGAAGCUUCUACAUAUUCAUGAACUAGAAGAAACACAAGACAGCUAUGUGGUAGGGAUGCUAAUGUCUUUUAUCAUAUAAAUAUUACACAAAGAAAACUUACAUUAGGUAUCAAAAAACCCCACAAAAAACCCUUUACAAUCUGUACACUUGUUUUUCCCCUGCAGUUCUUCUACAUUAUACAUCCUUAGACAGAAAU